AUGUGUAGUAUAGCCGAUCGUUGUGUGAAGGAUGGAGGAGUUAGUUAUAUUGCGUGGCAUUGGAGUAAGUUACCGUCAUCAGAAGACGAAAUAAAAGAAAGGGAGGAUUGUGAGAGGCUUUUGGAAGGCUUUUCGGUCACUAAUUCGGUGGAUGUGUGGAAGUGGAACUCGAUGGAAGAAGAUAUAUUCUCGGUAGCGUUGGCCAAAAAAUGGAUAUCGGAUAAAAUUGAUGUUAGUAGCAGGUUACCGACAAAAGUAGCGUUACAGAGGAGGAAUAUUAUAGAAGGAUGCGCGUGUAGUUUGUGUGAGGAUGGUCCGGAUGGAGACGAAACGACGGAACAUCUAUUUACGGCGUGUGGUAUUGCGGCCGGGGUGUGGAAUUGUAUCUCUAGUUGGUGCGGAAUUUCAAUCAUUUAUGCUUUCUCAGUAAAAGAUUUGUUGGAGCUACAUAACAAUAUUUAA